CAACUCUCCAGCAAACGUCUCUCUUCCAAGUACGUAUCAAAGCAUGGGUGCCCCUCCCCAACCGCAACCACUACUCGCUUCUCUCGUGAGUAUGGUUCUCAUGUUCUAUCUAGAUACCCGCCGCAAAAGGUACAGUACGAUAUCCGGCAGCGCCACCGAUUCCCGUGGCCAGUGGACCAUCCACGGCUAUAAUUAUGUGUGCGACGGGGUCACAAAUCAAGUUCUUGAGGACCGGGAGUCGCAGGCUACCUGGUCGGUGUCUUGGACGUUGACAAUCUGGGGGCUUAUCCCUCACCGGCCCCCCGUGACGUUUCCCUCCCGCUUCCCGCGGUUCGGGGUUCUGGAAUAUGACUCCUGCUGGGUAGGAGCUCUUUACCUUUGGGAGGGGCGAUUUGAAGCGUGAAGCAGGAAAUGUAAAUUGAAUCUAGAUGGCGAAGAGGGGGGGCUCAUGCGGUCGUGAGAAUUAUCGUGGGUAGUGAAAUUGAGAGUCGACAAGUGGUCCACCGCCUGCUGGUUUUCUUUCUGGCUAUACAACAUUAUACUAUAUGGCUAGAUGGACGGAUGGCUGUCUGUCGGCAAAAAGUCAGACAGUGGGAUUGUCUGGAUCAGCAAGCAAGACGGCGGUUCAACACGAGCCAAGCCAUUGAUCAUCAGAUCGAC